CUUCGAUGCCGUCGUUUGUCUCGUCGGACGGUGGUGAAGAUGUACACCCCAGCAUCUCAGGUGCAAGCCGCGCAUCUACCGCCACCUGCGCAUCAAUCUCCUCCCCCGCUGCCUCCAGGAUGGACUGAGCACAAGGCUCCAACGGGCCACACGUACUACUACAACAAAGCAUUGAAUACAUCUACGUAUACUCGCCCAGCCCCAAUUGCUGAGACUCCCGCAGCCCCAGCGGUAGUCCAGCAGCAGGCUCCAGCGUUCAUUCCUAGCUACAGCGCAGGCCAAUUCGCCGGUGGCUUCAAUCCAGCACAGUUUCAGGCGCCUCCUCACCAUCCAUCUUUCGAUCGUAAAAGAGACCAGAGGCCACCUCGCCGUCCGGAUAAUGAUCGCCCAAAACAUAAGUACGAAAUCCCGGGUUGCGCCCCUUGGGUGCUUGUCAAAACCAAGCUUGGACGCCGAUUUGUUCACAACACGAAGACAAAAGAGAGUCUAUGGAAAUUUCCUGAUCACGUGAUGAAAUCUGUCGUGGAAUUUGAUCGAAGGGAGCGGGAGAAGCAAGAAAGACGUGAGCGUGGCGAGGCCAGUGAUAUAGAAGACGACGCGGCCGAAAUGGCUGCGUCAAAGGAGGUCAAGGUUGUUCCUGUGCAACAGGCUGAUAAUGAUGAAGACUCGUCCGAAUAUGAAGAAAUCGAGGUUACAGAUUCGGAAGCGGACGAUGGAGGAGAAGCGGACGUUGCCGACACACAACGGCCUUCGGAAGGAUUCGCGCAGACAGAAGACCAAGGCCCAAGAGAGUUCACCGAAGAGGAUAUGAUGUAUCAGCUCGAAUCCAUGCAACAAGGUGAGGGGGGUUAUGACUUCGAACCGGGAGCAUAUUACGAGGAAGAACCCCCUUUGUCCGAGGAAGACGCAAAUGCACUGUUUCGAGACCUUUUGGAAGAUCACCACAUCUCCCCUUUCACACCAUGGGAUCGUAUCAUUGAGGCUGGCCACAUCAUCGAUGACGAGAGAUAUCUUGCACUUCCGACAAUGAAAGCCAGACGUGAAUGUUUCGACAGGUGGUCACACGACAAAAUACAGGCACUUAAAGAACAGCGAGAAAAGCAAGCCAAGCAGGAUCCACGAAUACCGUAUCUGCAAUUGUUGGACGAGCACGCGAGCGUGAAGCUGUACUGGCCGGAGUUUAAACGCAAGUUUCGGAAGGAGGCAGCAAUGAAGGACUUAAGGCUUGCGGACAAGGAGAAGGAAAAGCUGUACAGGGAGCAUGUAAAAAGAUUGAGCAUGGAAAAGGACGUCUUGAAGAAGGAUUUGACGUCAUUACUGAAGAGCGUGCCACUGGGGAAGCUAAAUCGAGGGACAAGCUUGAGUGCACUGCCGUCAGAGGUGGUAGGUGAUCUGAGGUACAUCAGUUUACCGGCCAAGAUUAGAGAUGCCAUGAUCGAGGCGUACAUAUCAACGCUGGAUCCCGCACCGUCGAAUGGGGAGGGGGUGGAAGACGCUGAAGCGGAAGUGCAGAAAAGGCGCGAUCGUGAACGCAGAGAGCAGGCUUUGCGUGAUCGGGAGGAGCGUGUGCGGGAAGCGAAAAGGAGGCACCAGCGCGACUUACGGUACGGGAGGGAGCGGCUGAAAGAGAAGGAAGAGGAGCUGGAGAGGGCGAUGAAGGUGGGCAAAGAGGGAUUAAGAGGCCAUUUCGUGACCGACGAGGAGAUGAAGGACGCGCCAGGGGAAUGAUCACCUGACUUGCUCGCUCCGUCGCUCUUCCCCCUUCGUGUUCGGCUUUGCGCAGUGCUGCGCCUUCCGAGCGACCAGCAGACGGUCGAUCGCAACUUCCCAGGCUGUCGGCCGCUGAACUCAACUCCAAAACGACGAUUCAAGUGCGGUCGGUGAAGUUUGGACAUGACACUUCCGCCCCGUGCGUUCACCAACACCGUUCAUGGACGUGGACAUCAUCAAAGUCAGGGGGAUGAUCGUGGUCUACUCGGUUGAGCAUAAGAGCUACGAAAAUGGUGUUUCUACGUCCAACCGGGUCUGACUCCUCGAUCGUGACUCUCUUUUUAUUUCGACAUCUCGCCGUCAUGCCUUGGAACGAGAGCAGGUUCACACAGAGCGAACAGCUAAGGCUAAAAUACCGUCAAAAACACAGGUUGGGAUGGAUAUGAGACGAGAGCUGGUUGGAAGGAUGAGAAAGGGAUUGAUACACGAUGAGAGCUUAGAGACGACGACAGCAUUCUGCGCGAUGGUUGAAAAUAUGGGCGAAGAUCAAGGUCGCAUCCUGUCAGUAAAGGCUAAGCUGCCAGUCCUACGAUAUACGAUAGUGUUCGAAUAGUAGCAAUGAAAGUGAAAAAUGCUG